AUGGACAAUUUCAAGAUGAGAACUCAAGUUGGACACACCAGUACCGUUGUGCUUUGCAGCCGUGCCUCCAUCGAUAGCUAUAAAAGAAGUAAGCCGCUGUUUCUGAUUCAGUCAGUUCUUAAACCUCGUGCAGUUCGGAUCACAAUGUUCAGCAAUUAUAAUCAUUUCGUUCAAAAAGGAUAUGGACAUUUUGAAGAUGAUGACGACGAUAUUGAAAGCUCACAAGAAAGCGAACAAUCAUCUCAAAGUUCUCAAUCUAGCGAAGAAAUGGACUCUUCCGGAGAGGAAGAGGAGGAGAAUGUAGAUCCUUGGUCACGCAUUCAAAAUGAAGUUUGUAAUCGCCACGAAGCCCAGCUCGAAGCUCUGAUCAACGCGUAUGAACAAAACGGAGACUCGCCUGAAGUGGCCCGCAUUAAAGCUGAAAAUGCUUUGCUUCCAGUAUACAGAAAGGAAUUGAUAAAAGUGUUCUUAGAGUUUUUACAGUGGAUGCAUGCAAUGAAGAAAGAUCCGACAUUCCGAAAAGUGAUGGAAACCCGCCAAGAUCUCAAAGACACAGAAGGAUAUGACUGGCUGGAAUCGACAGAACUUGCCAUCGAUAAGCGGAAAUUCUUACUCAAUCGAUUGUUUGUCAAACAAACUGUUCCCGAAGACUAA